CCCGACUGCUCCACGGCGAGAUUAAAAAUGGCGGCUCUCAAGGAUGUUGUGUCUUUAUAUCAAAACUUGAAACGAGAAUGGACGAAAACUCCGUGCAACCUGUCGAAAUGUGGCGAACUGCUCACUCAACUAAAGAUUGGCCUCACUCAUCUGAUGUUUCUCCCGACGUCAAACAGCACCGCUAGUCAAAAUGAGUUGCUCAUCGCCAGAGACAUAUUAGAGAUCGGAGCACAGUGGAGCAUCGCGACCGAGGAUAUACCUUCGUUCGAACGGUACAUGGCGCAACUGAAGUGUUAUUAUUUCGAUUACAAGUCCGGAUUAUUGGAAUCGGCGUACAAGUAUCAGCUCCUCGGUCUGAAUCUCCUGUUUCUGUUGUCGCAAAACCGAGUCGCCGAGUUUCACACGGAGCUGGAGCUCUUGCCGUCCGAUCAGAUCCAGUCCAACGUCUACAUAAGGCAUCCCCUCAGCCUGGAGCAGUAUCUUAUGGAGGGUUCAUACAACAAGAUCUUCCUGGCCAAAGGUAACGUGCCCGCGGCCUCCUACAACUUCUUCAUCGACAUCUUACUGAACACCGUGCGCGACGAGAUCGGCGCGUGCAUGGAGAGCGCGUACGACAAGAUCUCCAUUCAAGACGCCGCGCGGAUGUUAAACUUGAACACGGAGAAGGACAUCAGAGCCUUUGCUUCUAAGAAAAACUGGAACCUGUCGAAGGACGGCUACUUCAACUUCAGCACGACCAGCGAAAAGAAAUCCGAGGAGCCUAUCCCGAGCUCCGAACUGGCGGCCCUCGCGAUAGACUAUGCCCGAGAAUUGGAGAUGAUUGUGUAAUACAUCUGCGCCUUUUUCUGUACUUUACAUUUAAAUAAAUAUUAUAUCUAUCUUGUACAGUGUGUGUAUACGCGUGCUAAUCCAGCCUUUUUCUUUUGUAUCUCAAAUAUAUGUUUGUGUCAGA